UUCUACACAGGCCUUCCCAUGUAUAUCCACAGGCAUCUAUGGUUUUCCGAAUGAGCCUGCAGCUGACAUCGCUCUCAAAACCGUAAAGAGCUGGAUCGACGAUAAUCCUGAUAUGAUCACAAGGGUCAUUUUCUGUGUCUUCCUCGAGACCGACUUUGCCAUCUACAAGAAGAAGAUGUCUGUCAUUUUCCCAGACAAUGACAUGGAGGUUACAGAGGAGCAGCUGAAGGAAGGUAAAGAAGAAAUAGAUGAUGAAGAAGAGGGUGACAAUGAUGCUGCGGGAAAUGAAGACGUGGAAAUGGAGAGUCAAAACCCAGAUGAAAAUUCAGGAAACCAGGAGCCAAAUCAAGAAAAGGAUAAGGAUGAAAAUGAAACCCAGGAGAAAGAUGAAGACGUAGGAAUAGAUAACGACGAAGAGAAAGAUGAAGACAAAGGCAUUGAAAACAAUAAAGAGGAAGAUAAAGGCAAAGCAGAGGAAGGGCAGCCUGCUGCAAAGGCAGAAGAUGACGACACAGCAAAGCCCACUGUGGAGAUGGAAGAUGAAUCUGAGACGAACAGCACUGAAACCAGCAAUGGAGAGGAGAUGAAAGAUCCUGUGGAGAGCUCAGAAGAACCUGAUUUCAUUCUUACUGACAGCAUUCAGUCCAAAGACACUGUUGAGAAGAAAGAAUAAGCAGCCGAAGGACGGACAAUCGACCUCAUCUGACAGCCAGCAAAACUGUGCGAAGGCCCCCCCCUCCCCCGGUGUCAGGAGGCUCAUGUCAGCAUGGCCCCGGACAACCAGUCACUCACAAGAUGCUGACAUCCCCAACUUCAUUUAGCUUCUUCCCUCCCUCUUAAGAAACUACUCAUCCCUGAAGUAUGUGUGUACUAUAUGUAUAUGUAUGUACAAAAACCUUACCAUAGGACUUGAACAUAUCAACCCGUUAAGAUGAGCCAUACCUCACUGUGUGUCAGAGUCAUGUAUCAUUUAGAGAUAAAGCAGGUUCAAGUCUCUUUCUGUGAUCUCCCCCCCCCCUCUGAGGGAGCAUGGUGAGUCUGUCAGAGGACCCCCCCACCACACAGCUCCUUACAUCCAGGCUGGGUGAUGCUUAACAUCUACUGUCCUUUUGUUCUCACAAUGCCAAACAGUCAUGACGACAUUCAGCAGUGGAAUACCUGACAACACGCUGACACCUGCCAUGUCUCCUCACACACUUCUGCAGCCCCAUUGUUUAGUCAAAUCAGAGCCUUGAUUCUGACCACAGUCUGUAAGGCGGCAGUCAUUCCCCAGCCGUUAUCUGUAAACAUCACUGAUCGAUCUGCGCCGCCGCUGUUACUGCAGCUUGACUCGUAUAACCAAGAAACUCCAUCAAGGCCAACGUACACUAACCAGGAAAUGAGUGUCUGUUAACAAAUCAAUUGGUUCUUUUCCCUCUUUUUCUUUGCAGUUUCCAGUGCAUGCCAGAAAAAAUUGCUUUGAACUUCAUCCCACAUUAACAGGAAUUACAGUCCUCUUCGCUUUUGCUUGUCUUCUUAUCAGAUUGUCUAUAAUUGUAUUGAAGGAAUCUGCCUUAUUUCAUAUCAAACUAUUGAAAUCACAAUCACAGACCUAAGGAGGUGGUCAGAGUAUGGAUUCUUGGUGGUGUAUUGCUUGCAGAUGAUUUGUAAUUUUAAGUACGUCAUGCGAUGGCUAAUGCCUGUUAAAGGUCUCUUGUGUUUCCCUCAGUUGAUUUUAAAACAUGCUUUUGGUUUCUUUUUAAUGUUGGUAUGACUCAUGAAUAUUUUUUCAGUGGUGCCAUACUAAAGAUCCGAUUCAUUGAAGUUCUACGAAAUGAUGCCUUCAUACUUUCGAUGUUUGCUUUGCUAAACUAUAACUGAAACAACUAAUAAAAUGUAAAGGUGGAAGCCAUGUCUCAGCUUUUA